GUUUGCCACAACUCCGCGGCCUCCGCCGGUGCGGGGCCGCUGCGGGGCUGCAGCCUCCCCGCCGCCGCCGCCUCCUCCUCCUCCUCCUCUACCUCCUCCUCCUCCUCCUCCCCCCCGUGGGUGUUUUUUUUCCCCUCCUCCCCCUCUCCCCCCCGCUCUGAUUUCCCUCCCCUCCGCCCGCCCUGCCUGUGUGUUUUCGCCGCCGCGCUCGCCGAGCCCCUUGGCAUGAGUUAAGCACCAGCCAUGGACACCAAACACUUCCUGCCGCUGGAUUUCUCCAACCAAGUCAAUUCCACAUCCCUGAACUCUCCCACGAGCCGGGGGCCCAUGGCCACCCCAUCCCUCCACCCGUCCAUCGGGCCGGGCAUCGGCUCCUCGCUGGGCUCCCCAGGCCAGCUGCACUCGCCCAUCAGCACCCUGAGCUCGCCCAUCAAUGGCAUGGGCCCCCCCUUCUCCGUCAUCAGCUCCCCCAUGGGCCCGCACUCAAUGUCCGUCCCCUCCACCCCCAGCCUGGGAUUUGGCACCAGCAGCCCACAGCUCAACUCGCCCAUGAACUCCGUCACCAGCACAGAAGACAUUAAGCCACCCCUGGGGCUCAAUGGAGUCCUCAAAGUGCCAGCACAUCCCUCAGGAACGAUGGCCUCCUUCACCAAGCACAUAUGUGCCAUCUGUGGGGACAGAUCUUCAGGAAAACAUUACGGGGUUUACAGCUGCGAGGGCUGCAAAGGCUUCUUCAAGCGCACGGUGCGGAAGGACCUCACCUACACCUGCCGCGACAACAAGGACUGUUUGAUCGACAAGCGCCAGCGCAACCGCUGCCAGUACUGCCGCUACCAGAAGUGUCUGGCCAUGGGCAUGAAGAGAGAAGCUGUCCAGGAGGAGAGGCAGCGGGGGAAGGACCGCAACGAGAACGAGGUGGAGUCGACAAGUAGCGCCAACGAGGACAUGCCUGUGGAAAAGAUCCUGGAAGCUGAACUCGCUGUGGAGCCAAAGACAGAGACGUACAUCGAGGCAAACAUGGGCCUGACGCCGAGCUCGCCCAAUGACCCAGUGACGAACAUAUGCCAGGCAGCAGACAAACAGCUCUUCACCCUGGUGGAGUGGGCCAAGAGGAUCCCUCACUUCUCUGAGCUGCCCCUGGAUGACCAGGUCAUCUUACUCCGAGCAGGGUGGAAUGAGCUCCUAAUUGCCUCCUUCUCCCACCGCUCCAUAGCUGUGAAAGACGGGAUCCUCUUAGCCACCGGGCUCCACGUGCACCGGAACAGCGCACACAGCGCUGGCGUCGGGGCCAUCUUCGACAGAGUAUUGACAGAACUCGUGUCAAAAAUGCGAGACAUGCUGAUGGACAAGACAGAACUGGGCUGCCUGCGAGCCAUUGUCCUCUUCAACCCUGACUCGAAAGGUCUGUCGAACCCGGCCGAAGUGGAGGCGUUGCGGGAGAAGGUGUACGCGUCGCUAGAGGCUUAUUGCAAACACAAAUACCCCGACCAGCCCGGGAGGUUUGCGAAGCUCCUGCUCCGCCUCCCAGCCCUCCGGUCCAUCGGCCUGAAAUGCCUGGAGCACCUCUUCUUCUUCAAGCUAAUAGGAGACACACCCAUCGACACCUUCUUGAUGGAAAUGCUGGAAGCGCCCCAUCAAAUGACUUAGAGAAACUGCUGCUGGGUCAGUCCCUCGCCCGGCCAGGGGGGUCCCGCGGGGCCCCUUCCUCCGCUUUCCUCCUCCUCCUCCGCCGCCGCCACCACCGCCCCAGCCCGUCCCUCCCUCCUCACCCCAGCGCUGGAGGCACCGUCUGAUCCGGGGGGACCCCCCCGCCGUCCUCGCCUCCUCGUCGCCUUCACCCCUGUCCGUUUGCUGUCACUGCUGCAUCUCCAGACCUGCUCGCUGGUCCCCUGCGCUUGAUGUAGAGAAGUGGGAGCGGAGAGAGUUUGCCACCCACCCCCUGCCCGGCCCCCCGCCGUGCCACGAGUUUUGGGAUGAGCCACCAGCCGGGCUUGGCGUCGCCCACCCUCCCCUCCGUGGGUGCCCCCGGGGCAGGAGCAGGGACACGGGGACAGUCCCAGCCCUUUGGGGGCAGUGGGGUUUGGACAAGCUGAAGGGAGUGGCUGAACUCGCCGGAUUGCAGCUGGCUAUUUUCAGAGGAUGGAGUUUUUUUGAAAAAGAGAAGAGGAAAAAAAAAAAAAAAAAAAAAAAAAAACCACCCCAAAAAAAAAAAUUCUAUUUUUGGUUUCUAACUAUUAUUAGUAGUCUCGGUAGUUACUUUGCGGAGGGAGAGGCGGCCUGGCCGUGCCCCGUGAAUGAGUCACCCGUGGCUGCACAGAGCCUUCUCCUUCCAGUUCAAAGCAGAGGAUUUGGGACUGAGCUGAAUCCCCCCUACACAACAUGAGAACCGGUGGCACAGGGAGCUGGGUCACCCUCUGUGCAGAGCGUGCACCUCAGAAAUCCCCCUCUGCCAUCCCCAAGGGCGGCUGGGCAUCGCUGCUCUUCCCAAAGAUGCCUCUGCGCUGGGUGUGGAGCUGCCCACGCGGAAAGAGCCGGCUGGAGCACUUGCUUUAAGGCUGCCAGGGACUCCCUGUCGCCCUUCCCCAGCUCAUGGGGGCCUGCUGGGACCCCUGCCCUCAGCACAGCAUCCCGGCAUGGCCCCAGAAUCCCAGCAUGGCCCCAACAUCCUGGCACUGCCCCAGCAUCCCAGCAUGACCCCACUCGGGGGUUUCGGCUCACCCAGGAGGCUGCUCCUGUUGUUUCAGCCGUGCAAAACACUGCAAGGCAACAAUUAGUGGGAGUGCUUGGCCAAGCUGGUUAAUUGCAGCUGUUAAUUAGUGGUGAAGCAAGAACAGGGCUCCCCCUCCCCUGAAUCUCCCGUCAGGCACAGAUGUGGGGGCUGAGAGGUCCCAGCAGGGUGGGGAACACGACAGCACCCACCCCUCUCCUGUCUGGGAUACUGAGAGCACCAAGAGCACCUUGGCUUUUGCACAGUCCUUUCCUUGAGUCUUGGUGUGACAGCAGGGAGAUGGACAAGUUUUUGGGGAUUAGGGACACGGUUCCAGGAACGUGCUCGCACCCCUCAAGAUGGGAUUCCCCAGGGAAUGUGUGGCGAGAGGUCAGCCAGGGAUCCUUUCACCCUCACCAGGGGUCUCCAGUGCCCCACCAAAAACAGGAGUUGGAGAAAAAACAAAGCAGAGCAAGCGGUGAGGGAUGUUGGGAAGGGUAUUUUCCCUUUGGCACGAUGGACUGUCCCAAACACGCCGUGGGACAAGCACUGCAAGCCAAGAAUGAGGUGACUGUGGUUGGCCUGUGGCCAAGGGCUUCCCCACCGCUUCCAUGUCCUCUCUGCUUUAAAACAGCAAAGUAUUUGGUCCCAAAAAUCCUCUUCUUGCUCCCCAUGGGUUGUGGCUGGUUGAAAACACUUCUUUCGUGCCCGGGAUGGGGAUGGAGCAGCACCCACCACCUCACACCUCUGGUUCUGAGGGGACACAGUUGCCACCCACCUGUUGUCAUCCUGCCUGGCAGCUGGAAUCCCCAGCUCCAUCCCCUGCAGCUCACCAGGCCAUCUCACUGCUAUAAAAAAUACUCAGGAUUUCAGGUCAGAACUUCCCCCCUAGGCUGGCCCGAAGUGGCAAAUCCGCAGAGGCAGGGAAAGUGUUUUGGCUGUGUUUCCCCAGCAGCCUGCAUGCCGCCGAAAAUAUUAUUAAACAGCUUCACCCUGCAAGAAUUUGCCAAGAAAGCUAGGCAAGAGAGAUGAAAUCUGGAAAGGGUGCCAGGAAACACGAGCAGGCUGUUCCCUGCCAGCGUGAGGCUGGCGCAGCCCUUGGGGGGGUGCAGGGAGGUGUUGGCUCCCGGCAGGAGCUCAGCCCCGAGCCCACCCAGCCCCUGGGCUGCCCCCAGCCCGGCUCUUCCAGCAGAAAGGAGCCUGGAACCUGCUCGCCAGAGAGGAUGAGGAUGCUUUGGGAAAGUUGAUGGAUAUUGCACUAGAAUAAACCCGCUGUCCUUCUCUGUUGGGUGGAACCACUUUCUUUUCCUGAUGAAUGGCUUGGAAGGGGCUAUUUGGUGCUGGGUGCUGAGCUGUGGUGGCUGCAAGGUGCUGGGCUGCACAGUGGGAGCUCCUGUCCCAUCCCAUCUCAUCCCAUUCCAUUCCAUCCUGUCCCUUCCCAUCCCAUCCUAUCCUAUCUCAUCCCUUCCUGCAUCCUGUUUCAUCCCAUUUCAUCCCAUCCCAUCCCAUUCCAUUCUGUCAAAUUUAUCACGUCCCAUCCCAUCUUGGCAUUCCAUCCCACCCCAUCCCAUCUCAUCCCAUCCUGUUCCAUCCCAUCUCUCCCCAUACAAUCCCAUCCUAUCUCAUGCCAUUUAAUCCAUCCUGUUCCAUCCCAUCCCAUCCCAUUCCCAUUAUCAUUUGACCUGAUGAAAUGCCAUGAGCAGGGGAUGUCCCCCACAGGCAGGGUGAUGCCAAGGGGGAGGCUCCAUGAGUUCCAGACUUCCCAUCAGGAUGUGCAUCCCUGUGCCUCAGUUUCCCUGCUGGAGCAGCUCACAGCCUCAAUCCAUGCCCGUGGUGGAGGGGGUUGGGGAUUUCAGUUUUCAGCAGGUGAAGGGGAGUUGGGGUUCCCAGAAUGCAGGUGAUGAACCCCCAGACGCCACCCCACCCCCUCCAUUCCCAGCCCAACCCUUCCCAAGGGAAGGAAAAGCUUUUGUGCAUCCAUAACAUCCACCACAGCAGCCUUAAAGCAACGUGCUUUGCAUGAGUUUUGAGUCUUUCAUUUGUAUUCUUUUCACUUUUUGGCUUUUUGUUGUUGUUGUUGUCCUCAUCAUCAUAACGCUGAGUAUGGACGUGCUUGGAGAGGUGGGGCAUGGCUAGAGGAAAAAAAAGGCACAUUAUCCACUAGAGAGGUAGGACUUUGAUUAACCAGAUCUUAGUACUCUUGCAAAAAUCUGGUUUGAUUAGGGUGAUCUCUUUCUAAUUUUUUGGUUUGUUUUGUUUAAAUUCCUUUUUGUUGGUGGGACAAUCUUUAAUUUUCUAAAGAUAGCACAAACAUCAGCUUUUCAGCCACCCGCUGCCACCCUGGAUGUCCCUCGCUGCCUGUGCAUGUUCCAACCAAGCCCUAACCCAAACCAAUCUGAAUUCAGCACAUCCCAGGCCCCUCCACGAGGAUGCUGAGGUUUCCUCAGCGCUGGAAUGCUGAGCACUGUGGCCAGGGGGCCGCCAGGAGUGGAGGAAGGGGUGAAGGACCUUCAUCUCUGCAGCACCCGCAGGUGUAGGAUGCCCACACCGACCCCCUGACCUCUCCACCCUGGGAAGGAGAGCCCUGGGCUCAGCUCCUGAUCCCCCAAAAAAGGCUGGAGCUGGCAGGAAUGUGGCUCAAGAGCUGAUGCUGUCCCCAUCAGUGAGGAGUGUGCAGGAGCUGGUUUAAGUUGCUAUAUGUGCGUGUGUAUACAUGUAUGUACUGUAGAUAUAUACACUGUAUAAAUACCCUCACUCACAUAUACAGAUAUUAUAACUGUAGCAAUUACAGACUUUUCGUGGUUUUUUGUGUUUUAAGUCCAUUCUUUUUCCUAUUUUUUUUGUCCUUUUUUUUUUUUUCUUUGCUCCCACUGUAUCCGAAUCCCUUUCCAAAUUGGCAGAUGCCAAAUCUGGAUCUUUAUUCCUCAAGACAAAGGAACUGCAUCUAUUUUAAGAUGCCUUUUUGUUUUGGUUGUUUUGUUUUAUUUUGGUUUUUUUUUUUUUUUUUUUUUCUUUCUUUUAAGCAGGUGGGUUUGAGUAAAAAAAUAGCUUUAGCAAUUCCCAAUACUUAGUGAUGGAUGCCUUGGCUAUAGGAUGCAUAGAUAAAAAAAAAAAUAACAUUAAAAUUUAGAAUGGCAAAAAAAAAAAAAAAA